AUGCCACUUCCCCUCGUCGCGCGCGCCCUGCUCUGCCUCGUCGUGCGCCUUGCCCUCCCGUCGUGCAUCCUACACUCCCGUCGCGCGCAAGUGCCAUGCCUCUGCCGCCGCGCACGCGUUCUGUCUGCCGACGUCGCACGCAUGCACGCGCGCCUUGUUCACGCACGACCUGCCGGCCGCCAUCACUCUCCCCACCACCCAUUUUCUCCUUCCACGGCCGCCCUCCCUUCCCCCCCUUUCGCCGGUGUUCUCCCCUCCCUUUGUGGUGCGCUGAACCCCUCCUCCCCCCCCCCCCCCCCCUUCUCCUGCCUCUUUCGCACCACCUCCUCCCUCUCUGCUCAUCACAUCCGCCUCUUACCCUCCUUCCCCUCUCUUCUCUCCUCCCUAUCCUUCCUGGUAUCCGACUGUGCAUUGUCGACAACCUUUCCUCCUCCUCUCAUUUCUCCCCUCAGCGGCGCAGUAUCAGACUACUCCAUUGUUGUCCCUCCUCCUCUUGUUUCUCCCCACAGAGGCGCAGCAGAAGAGUACUCCACCGUUGUCCCUCCUCCUCUUGUUUCUCCCCUCAGCGGCGCAGCAGCAUACUACAACACCGUUGUCCCUCCUCCUCUUGUUUCUCCCCUCAGCGGCGCACCAGCAGACUACUCCACCGUUGUCCCUCCUCCUCUUAUUUCUCCCCUCAGCGGCGCAGCAGCAGACUACUCCACCAUUAUCCCUCCUCCUCUUGUUUCUCCCCUCAGCGGCGCACCAGUAGACUUCUCCACCGUUGUCCCUCCUCCUCUUUUUUCUCCCCUCAGCGGCGCAUCAGUAGACUACUCCACCGUUAUUAUUCCUCCUCUUGUUUCUCCCCUCAAUUGCUCAGCAGCUGACUACUUCACCCCUAUUCCUCGUCAUGUGUCUCCCACCAACGGCUCAGCAGCUGACUACCUUGCCCCUAUUCCUCCUCUUAUGUCUCCCCACAUCUGUUUCGUUGAUAUCCCCUCCCCCUGA